ACUGCCGGGUCAUCUAGAAACAUUAAUAUCGGCAAAAUUAGAGCAUAAAAGAACUGAAUCAAUGGUACGAAAUUGUUCGGGAGAAUCUACUCUGUUGCACGGUUGCCAGGAAUUGCAGGAGUGCUCUCACGUUUGCUAUUGGUCACGCCACGUUUUGUUGACUACGCUUUCCUCUAUCCCUACUCUGGUUCGAUUCUUAUGCUUAUCUGUGACGUCACGGAUGGAAUCGUGCGACAUCUGUACCGACAACUCUGGUGUACACCUUGAUCUGCAAACAUAAGUUUCACGAAUCCCGAUGCACCUCCGUACCUGCGGUCGUGUCAAGAGAGAAAUAUUGAAGAUAUUGUUACGAAUUUCUAUUGUACCAUAGAAAAUGAUAAGUGCACGAUGAUUAUGUAACUAUAGAAGAAAAAUAGUGUAAAUGCUCCGUCAAGGUGUUAAAAAGAUGUUCGGAGAAUAUAGGAGGAGAUAGCACUAGUCAAAAUGAAUAAGAAUAUGAACUCGCCGUCUAAACUUACGGAGUUCGCUCCGUUAAGUCCCGAGGAGAGCCAACCAGUCGUAGCUUCGCUAUUUUCAAAAUUCUUCAGCUUUGCAAGAAGUUCACAAAAUGUUGACGAUGCCGCAGUCUCGUCUACCAAAGAGGAACAGAGCUCGUCCGAUUCUGAAUCGUGGAAACAAUCGGAGAGCACAGAAAAAACGCCGGAGGAUGAUAGCUCUAGUAUGAUGAACUUUCCAUUAGAUACUCGCGAGGGUAGAAGUUUACCCAACGUUUUGAAACGCAUUAGCAACAUAGUGGCUGUCGAAAGGAAUAACUUGCGCUCAUACAAGGAUUCCCAAUUGAGAAGUUAUUGGAUGCCUGAUAGCGUGAGCAAGCAGUGUUACGAAUGCGGCGAAAGGUUCACAACAUUUCGUAGACGGCAUCACUGUCGCGUGUGCGGUCAGAUAUUUUGUUCGAAAUGCUGUUGCGAUCAGAUUCCUGGCAAAAUUAUGGGAUACACUGGUGAUUUAAGAGUUUGUACAUAUUGCUGCAAAGUAGUUUUAUCUUAUCUACAAUCUUCUGAUAUGAGAAGCGAUUUAUCUGAAGAUUUGAAAGCUUUGCAAGAGGACCUACAAGUUAAAUAUGGAAAUGAUCCACCGCUUCUUACGCAGACAAAUGCAAAUGAAUCUGUGGAAGAUGAAACAUUGAUUUGUAGGAAACCAAGCGUAGGAUAUAUGGAAGAAAAAUAUGCCAUUGAAAGGUCGUCGAAUAGUUAUUUAACAUCUCAAGAACGUUCUCUUGCUUUACAAAACUCGGCUUCUUUAAGGAUGAUCUACGAAGAGCUCUUUAGAUCAAGCCAAGCAAUACUUUUACAAACUCACAGAAUCAGGCUGAAGAGCUAUUACAAUUGCUUCCUAGCGAGCGAGCUGGUAAAUUGGAUGAUAGCGCAGAAUAAAGCAGCUACUCGCGUACAAGCCACUGCUAUCGGACAAGCACUUCUCGAAGCAGGUUUUAUUGAGCCAGUAAUCGCUGAUAACGUAUUCAGCGACACCGCGACAGUGUUCAAACCAGUGACGCUGUCGCAAAUGCAAAGCAUGGAUCUAUUAACGGAAACUCAAACUACCUGCGACGCUCAAGAGCCUGCAUGGGUAAAAACAAUUCCACAGCAUGAUUCUACGACAGACUCUGAAAGCGAAACGAAACCCCCGAAUUCAAUGCAACAGACCAGUGGACGUUUACCAUCUUCUAGUUCAAGUUUUUAUAUUGACGUCAAUUUAGAAUCGUCUACCGUUACAUUGAAAAGACCAACCUCGGAAGAUUUAACUACGUUGUCUGUAGAUAGUAGCGACAGCGUACUCGAUCAAAAAGAAGACCCGGUGAAGUCGCACGAAUGCAAUCUGAAAAUAGCCGACGAUUUGUUGAACGAGACGCUACAAGUGCAAGAGGUCAAAGAGAGAAACGGUUGGCACAAACCAUCGAAUCUUAGAACUUCCUUUGGAGAGCUGCAUACGUACGAAUGUUUAACGUCUGCGUACAAACAACACGAGGAUUCGUUGAUCAAACAGCUGCUGAAUAAAGAGGGUUUGUCGCAAACUUGGUCGGAAACAAUACUUCCGAUUGCGCAUCAGGUUGUCGACAUCGUAAGACCAGAUCUGAACCAUAACGUCGACGACUUGGACAUUCGACAAUAUGUUCAGAUAAAAAAGUGUCCAGGCGGUAGCAGGGACGACUGUGAAAUCGUGUCGGGCGCAGUGUGUAAUAAAAAUGUUGCGCACAAAGGGAUGAACGCGAUGAUAGCUUAUCCGAAAAUUUUAUUGCUUCAGUGCGGUCUUAUGUAUCAACGCGUCGAGGGAAAGUUAUUGAGUUUGGAGCCGGUGAUGUUGCAAGAAAACGAAUAUUUAGGUCAUACAGUUGCCAGAAUUACCGCUCUUGGCCCGGACGUUGUACUCGUGCAUCGGUCUGUAUCAAGAUUAGCGCAAGACCGGCUUCGAGAAUGCGGCGUGACGCUUGUCUUAAACGUGAAGCUAAGCGUUCUGGAGAGAGUCGCGCGUUGUACGGGCGCAACUAUUGUGAAUACCAUCGAUGCGCACAUAAGUGCACGAUACAUGCUUGGCACGUGUAAAAAGUUUUACCUGCGAAAUUUUACUAGCGAGAAAAACGGUGUUAAAACAUUGAUGUACUUCGAGGGAUGUGCGAAUCCGCAUCUUGGUGCUACGAUCCUGCUGCGCGGUGGUACUCACACAGAAUUGAAGAGAGUGAAGAAUGUGACUUCGACGAUGAUCUUCGCAGCGUAUUCGUGGCGUCUAGAAAAAUCAUUUCUCAUGGACGAGUUCGCGAGACCACCGUCCCCUAAAGACAAUUCAUUUUUAGACGAAACCUCGCAGAAGGACUCUUUAGACAUCGAGGAAAGCAAUAAGAUAUCAUCCAAGUCUAUCGAAGCUAAUGAUAGUAUAGAGAACACAGACGACACAGAAAUUGUAAGGAUAUCGACGAUUGAACACGACCCUACAGCACCGACAGGCGCGAGACACAUCAUAGAAAUUGAGAGCUCUUCCAAUAGAAGCACACCGAUGAAAGAUAAAUUUACAGAUCAAUUAUACAGUGAAAAUAUAUUGAACUCAAGCUCCGUCAAGCAAAUAUCCUCUAUAUUAUCCGACGACAUUGAUUCCUACGACACUCUGAAAGUAUUCAAGCCGAAAACAAAGUCUUCUAUAAUCGAUUCGAAAGCCGCAGAAGAUGGUGCACCGAGUAAAACAUCGCAUAAUAAUGAUAGUCAUAAUAAUACUUAUGGUACCGACUGCGUGGAAGAUCCAAAUAGUACAUUGGGAUUAUUUAGCGGUAGACUUGUUGAGAGAACGAACAAAGAGACCGACGAAGAAACCGAGAAGCCAAAAAUAAAAGAUAAAGUUGUUCCAGAGGAGAAACGAAUUCGCGGAGAGUCUAUCAGCGACCGAAGCGAUCCUUUGCAUCAGUAUUUAAACGAGGACGAGGAGGACGUCUUCAGUCAAACUAGUCCGAAUGGUCAACAUUUAAGCGUGGCCGACUUGCCGCUGCUAAAUAAAUUUAAGAAAGCCUUGGAAGGCACGAUAUUAAGCGUUUCGCCGUACUUGAAAUUUUCUAUACCGUAUCUGGAGACUGAGACAGGAAGAAAUUGCGUGCUACGAAGCUUCUUCCCGAGGGAGAUUUUUUACUCCGCACAAUUUCUGGACAAAGUGAAGGAGGUCAAAGCGAGCAACGCAGCUUCGGAUCUGUGCGGCUAUGAAAAUCCGUUGAUGAGAUUGAAAUUGAAGCCGCAGCAUCCGUUCGUUCAAGCAAGACUGACCACGGACGUCGACAGCCGAGAGGUGCAAGCAUUGUUGGCCGACUUUCGAGCCCGCGGUAGUCGAUUGUAUCCGACGAAUAACGUCGUGUCGGAUAAACAGCAGGUUGCGAUGCAGUGCGACGCGAGCGAACAAGCUCCGAAGUGGCCGGACUGUCUGGACCCGGCGAGUCAUCAACGUUUGUCGGUGUCGUUCUGCAGUUUCUCGCAUACCGGCAGCGACACGCCGGCCUUCUGCGUGAACCCAUGGGUGGUCAACAUGGAUUUGUACGGAAGAAACGAUAUCGCCUUGGGACGUUUCCUGGAACGUUACUGUCUCACGUCCGAAUACAAGUGUCCCGCAUCAGCGUGCCGAGCACAAAUCGCCCAGCAUGUUCGAAGAUUCGCGCACGACGGUGGAUGCAUACAUAUUAGCUUGAGCGAAAUGAGCACCGAGCCGUUCGCCCAAGAGAACAGCAACCAGAUUUUAAUGUGGAGCAAGUGCAUGAGAUGCAAAAAUGUCUCACCGGUGGUGCCGAUGUCGGACGACACCUGGUCCCUGUCUUUCGCCAAGUAUCUGGAGCUACGUUUUCACGGGAACGCCUACACCAGACGAGGCACCGACACCUGCCAGCAUUUGCUGCACUACGAUCAUUCCCAAUACUUCACGAAGAAGAACAUGCUGGCCGUGUUCAAGUAUACGAAAAUAUCCCAGUGGGAGAUCUCCUUGCCACCGCCACUGAUAAACAUUAUAUAUGAUCCGAAGCAGCACGCGGACGUGAUCGAGGAAAUGAAAAGCUUAACGUUGAAAGGGGACGAGGUGUUCACGACUAUACGAGAGAAGUGGACAACCCUGCAGACUGAGGUGGACAGUGUAAACGCUGUGAAGCAACAACUGACCAAAGAUCAGCAGAACUUCAAGACUAAGAUAGAAGAGAUUCAAUUGAAAUUAACGUCCCCGACGUUGGAGAAUAAGAAGCUCGAGGGAAAGAUGUCCGAGAGACAGGUUCAAACUUCGAUGUUCAGAAUCGAGGACGCAAUUGUCAUUCUUAAGCGAUUGAUAUCCGAAGUCGUGUUCUCUUGGAACACGAAGAUCCUGGAGAUGUCUGCUAAGAAGAAGGACGAGAGGCCACGAAGGUUCACCGAACGGUCAUUGACGAUUGGAAGCAACAGUAUUAUCGACACCGAUGGAUACAUCACGGAAGACACUGCCUCCGAAUCGCAGAUCGAAGAUCAAAGUCCCAUGUCGGCUGACUACAAUGCUGUCGACGCCAUCGCUGCUGUGCAAAAUGAUUUGCAGAGAUUCGAAGGAAUAGAGACUUCGGACAACGAACUAUUAGAAAGCAAUAAUCCCGAUGAGAUUGUUGUCAUACCGGGAUCUCCAAAAAUGCAUCAGAGAUCGCACUCCGAUGUUCUACCUUUGGCCGUGGAGGAUAUGCAGGAUAAGAAGAAGAAAAAGAAAACUAUUCUGUCGCAGUUGCUACCCUCUCUGCCUGUCACUCAACCGAUACCAAAUCCGUUCGGUUCGUUGGAGCACCACUUACUGCCUCUUGGAUCGGUCGUGCCUAUCGUGGUGUACGAGUCGGAGCCAUCGUCUAUAAUUGCAUACGCGCUCGACUCGCUCGACUAUAAACACACGUUGCAAGAAUUGAUGCGCACCAUGAAAGGACCCGAUUUAAAUCCGAGCCCUUUGAACAAGCGAAAAUUCCCCGAAAAUAAAGAGAACAUUCCCGAGGUUAUGCAAUCAGGGGAAUUCAAGCGUCCGUCCGUUUUAUCCUUCUUCCGUGGAAACAGCCCGAAUCCAGCGAGCCCCAUAGACUCUGAUAAAAAUGUCUCGAACAUGGAUUCCAACCAGCAAAAUCCAAUAACUGCGUCAGAGACAGAGGAGGACAAGAAAGUGACCAAACAGCAGAAUUACGUCGAGGUGCAAUUCAACGACGCUACAGCCAAUUUCUACUGCAGAAUAUACUUUGCUGCACAGUUCGCUGCGCUCAGGGAGAAUGUUUUAACCUGCGGCGAAGACGGUUUUACGAGAAGCCUGAGUCGAAGCAUACAAUGGGCUGCAAGGGGUGGAAAGAGCGGAAGUAGCUUCUGCAAAAGUGGAGAUGACAGAUUUAUCAUAAAACAAAUGUCUGAAAUAGAAAUGCAAAUAUUUCUGAAGUUCGGACCGAACUAUUUUGCCUACAUGGAAAAGUGCCAGCAAACCAAACAACCAACCUUACUGGGAAAGAUCGUGGGUGUUUACAGUGUAUCCUUUAAAAACAAUACGACAAAUGCAGCGCUUCGCCGUAUGUGCUUGUUAGUGAUGGAGAAUUUAUUUUACAAUAGAACUAUAACGGACAAAUUCGAUUUGAAGGGGUCCGUGAGGAAUCGGCUGGUGAAUCCUGUCGACAUGUGUCACGAGGGUGAACUUGUAUUGCUCGACGAGAACUUGUUGAACAUGAGCUGUGACUCGCCCCUUUACAUCAGAUCACAUUCCAAGGCGGUUUUAAAUAGAGCCAUCGAACAAGACACUAAAUUCCUGGCUGAUAAUUCUGUGAUGGACUAUUCAUUGCUAGUUGGUUUGGAACCAAAUUCGGAUGAGCUUGUGUUAGGCAUAAUAGAUUAUAUACGAACUUUCACGUGGGACAAAAAAUUGGAGACAAUGUUGAAGAAAUCAGGUAUAUUAGGCGGCCAAGGAAAAUUGCCGACGAUAAUAUCGCCCGAAGAAUAUCGAGCCCGUUUCAUAGCAGCUAUGCACCGGUACUUCUUGCCGGUGCCAGACAGGUGGUCUGGAUUAGGUAGAGGCGUGGAAACAUAAAAGACUUCCAGAACAUAAGGUUCUCAUCUUUUUCUGAAAUUUUAAAUAGGAUGCUCGUGUUACUAUUUGUUUGUAAAUGUACAAAAGAUAAAAUAACGCAAGAAGAUUUGACGUAGUUCAUAAAAAAAAGACAAUUAAAAUUAUCUUUCAGUAUUACAAGUAUGAAACGUUGUCUCGAGUCCGUUUAAAAGAUUGUAGCGAAUUCUUUUUACCAAAAUACUAGACAAUAAUAACAAGAACAUCCUGUACACUAAGUAUACAUUGUAAAUAUAUUUUCUAUGCACCCGACGCGAAUGUAGCGAAUAGUGUUGCAUAUAAAGAUAUAUAUAAUGUAUAGUAAUAUUUUAUGGAAUGACUAGUCCUUCGUAAUAUUUUGUAACAAAAAAAAAAGUGAUAACAAUAAGUUACCAUUAUCGUAACGCGAAAAUACCAACUGUUGUAUAGCUUCGGUUCUAUAAUUUAUACAAUUACACGAUAGUUAAAAUCAUAUCACCUGUAUUUGUAUUUAUCGGCACAGCGAUUAACUGUAUUGUCUCUGUAUAUAACAGGAUUUCUAAUAAACUUUAUAAACAAA